AAAUAGGUUUGAUCUUCUUCUACUUCUUCAACCUAGGGUUGUGCACGCUGCAGGCCUCCGCCGUAUCCCAAACACACAACAGCCGGUCUCUGCUUGCUAGAUUCUAAUGGCGAGAAUUAAGGUUCACGAGCUUAGACAGAAGUCGAAGGCGGAUCUUCUGACCCAGCUUAAAGACCUUAAGGCGGAGCUUGCUCUUCUCCGUGUCGCUAAGGUCACUGGUGGUGCUCCCAACAAGCUCUCCAAAAUUAAGGUGGUGAGGCUGUCAAUUGCUCAGGUGUUGACCGUGAUUUCUCAGAAACAGAAGGCUGCUCUUAGGGAAGCUUACAAGAAGAAGAAGCUUUUGCCUCUUGAUUUGCGCCCCAAGAAGACCAGGGCCAUUCGCCGAAGGCUCACCAAGCACCAAGCAUCUCUAUUGACCGAGCGACAGAAGAAGAAAGAGAUGUACUACCCAUUGAGGAAAUACGCCAUUAAGGUGUAGGCAUAUAGCAAAUUGAUUGAUCAUCCUUGGUAUGAUGCCAUCUUCUACUCAUUUUGGCUUUUGAUUUAUGGAUAACGUUAUUCAGACUUGAGUUUGUCUAUUUUCAAUCUCAUUUUGUUAGAUCUUUGAGAACUUUGAAGUAUUUCCUUUUCCAUGUAGUAAUACGUUAGCGUUUCCCAAGUUUAUAAUGAAAAAUGGUUUUGGUUAGUGGAAUUU